CUGCCGAACGACGGAAAUAGAACGUAAGGUACUGUAUCGGUGGAGUCUUCAGUUUGGUCGAGGAUCUAUCGCCUCGAAGCCUCUCACUUCCAUCCUGUCACUGCGUUCGUGGUCAUGAAUGAAGUCUGCGACGAGAGCAAAUGCCGAUCGGCGGGAGGGKUUUUGAACGUAACAAAUCGGUUCCAGUGCUAUGCGAAGUCGCCAGAAGAGCCUCUCCUGUGUGCAGAUGGGUACGAAGGUAGAAUCAUCGAUUCCGAAGACAAGAAAGCUGUGACGACUGAAUACCCGUACACGUCAUAUCCCGUCACAACGUUGCUUUCAUAUUAUACUUGCUGUCCAAAGGGCUUCAAAAGCGACAUAGCUAUUGCGCGACAUUGCAGCGAUCCAGCGCAAGCGAUUGUUGUGAACGAAGAGGAACGCGUCAGCAGUACGAAAUUGGGAAAUGAAACCACCAACAAUAAUUAUCUAUACCUUUCUAUGCCUUGUCGGGACRAUAGCAAGAGGUAUCCAAGGCUGAUGACAAAUUCUCCGUUCUAUUCUAAGACCUAUAUUUGCUGCGAUUUCGACAUAUUGAGCAUUGAUGACRCUGAUGCAAGCAACGACUCCGUGGAAGCCAACUUGAUAGAAAUCGAUGGCGAAGAGAUUUUUAUGUAUGAUAACGGUAUUGCAACGACGAGUACUAUUGCUGAUCGUACUUGUGACGAGAACAAGUGUCGCUCAACUUUCGUUGUUACAGGCAAACCAGCAUGCCUAGGGAUCGGCCCGAAUACAUAUUGGCCAUUAUCCUGCAGUGACGGAUGGGAAGGACGGAUAAUAGAUUCGGAGUAUCCUGUUUGGGGCACAUUUCAAAGCAGCAGCAUCAAUCGUUUUGGGUUGCACUAUUAUACCUGUUGUCCUCCUUCCUAUCCGAAAGAAAGUCCUGUGCAUCGGCAAUGCUCCGACCCUAUCAYCAUCGACGACCAAACAGGUCAUCGUAAUGCGUCUUGCAAAAAUAUGUACUACUCCCACCUUUUGCGACAACAAAAACACCACGUUCAUUUUUACGAUACAAACAAUGGUGAUCUUCAAGAUUCCUYUCUUUGCUGUUACGAAAAUGAUGACAAUAGUGUCGUAAACGACGAAGAAGUAGGAUCAAACUUAGUUGACAUUAACGACCUUGAGUGUAUUCCAGCCUGCAGAGAUUAUAUCAGUAUAAACGACGAAGAACCAGGAUCAAACCUAUUUGACGGUAACCAGCCUCAUUGCAWUCCAUCCUGCAGAGAUUUUCACAGCCCGUGUAUUGCUUGGAAUACAUACGGCAGACUCAUGCCGAUGACUUGUACCAACCCCAACUUUCAGUAUCCUAAUAUUGUAUAUACGGAGGUUUUUGCGUCUCAUGAUGGUAAAGGAACUUUUAAUAGAACCAGAUGGGAAUGUUGCAAUAAGAAGAGCACAGGUCCAUUCAUCAAGGAUAGAGCAUUCAGGGUCACUGUGUGGCCACAGAUUAUUGUUGCUUUCAUUGCAGCUGUAUUUUCGAUUAUAUUGAUCAUUUCCUUGUCGGUAUCGCUCGUGAAACAAAGACGACAAAAUCAGAACCCUUGCCAUUCGCGAGGAAGCCAUUUUCCGCUGGCGGAACCAUCAGCGAGUCGACCAGUGAAUGCGUGGGCGAAAGGUACAGAGCAACAUUUGGUGGAACCUUCACCAGAGCCUUCACCGGAACUGCCACAMGAUAGCCGUCGUGGUAGGUGGCAAAAAGCCAGAGGCAACACCAAACGAAAUCGGAAGGCUAUUCGACAAGGCUUCAACGGGUUCAAUUUUUACUUGAUUUUGUUGGCGCUGCCUGAUCUUCUAUUCAGUUCGUUUGUGUGUGGAAGAUAUUUGGGCUAUGUCAAUCAAUAUUUCAAUGCGGACCGCCCCGGCUAUGUCAUAUUUCUUAUGCGGAUGGCCGACAGUAAAAACGAUUAUUAUUAUACACUGGAACCCGCUGUGAUGUGGGGGUGCACCACGGCAAAUCUGUACAUGAAUGCCGUGAUCGUCUACGAGGUAUUCACACUGCUGAAAGUGUCUCAUCGAGGAGCUCGGGUUUCGCCACCAACAAUUCGAAGAGCGUUGAWACAAGGAGCGCUUGUUUACACGUGGGCAGCCACUGCAUUUUGCCUCCACCUAUUCCUCAACACGGAGUCUAUUCGGGGAAACAUGCCGUUCCUCGUACCCAUCAACGUCACCAUUGUGAUCGGAGUCCCCACCGCUUAUCUCUGCUAUGUAUGUUUUGUCAUUUGGUAUCGGUGUCUGGUGCCAUCCAUGGGUCCUUUGGCUGGAAGACUCCGAGAGUUGGCAUUUUAUUUUUUCCGCAUUAUCAUUGUCUAUAUAUUGRCAUGGAUUCCUGCUAUAACGCUGCUUGCUAAAAGUUCAUUUGGAUGGRUUCUUACUCCAUCUGAGUACUUUGACGAGCUCAAAAGUAAGAACGAUMACCUACGGGCCCGAUACUCCAUUGGGCUUCUUUUGUGUUCCAUGCAACCAAUCGUUUCUGCCCUCAUGGCUCUGACCAAGACCGACGUGAGAAAGGCGGUGUUUGAUCUCCUCAAGUGUUCGAAUUGGAGUAAGCAUAGCACAGAGGAGGCACCACCUCGUUGAGAGAGGAAGGCAAACCAAGACCRCAAAAAGGAAACAAAGCUUACAGUAACGC